AUGGCUGUCCCUCACGCGUGUAGUGGGACGUAUAUGUCCGACACAGUGGAGCCUACUGUCGUGAACGACGACAAUGCUGCCCUAGAUACUACAUCACCCACACGAGGAUCCAGGCUGGGGAUCUUGAAGCCUUCUUGGACGACAAAUGCGGUGUUGGAAGGGGAAGGGGCGUCGGCGGGCAUCAUUGUGACGCAAGGCCAUAAAGACGUCUUAGCUCUGAGAAGGUCCCAGAUUCCGGGUCACCUUGGUGCUUGGAUCAAUUUCGACCCUCCAGAGUCACCGAUUCACCAGGAGAGCACCAUUACGUGUAUACCACGUUUGUCUGUCGAUGGAGUCACCGUCACCCCUGUGGAUGAGGGUGAUUUACGAAAGAACCUUGUUGAAUUCAAGAGCCAGAAGCUGUCGGUCAUCACUGUUAGCCUGGUCAACUCCUAUUCAAACAAAAGUCAUGAGAAGGAGGUCGCUCGGAUCGUCCAAGAGGAGCUGGGAACCGAGGUUGAAGUAGUCUAUUCAUCCAACGCGUCACACCCGCGGCGAAUGCGGUGGUCAAGCUGGCGGUUAAGAGUUACCUUGCGGGCUUACAGAAGCUGCUCGCCGAAGACACCUCUACAGUACGGAUUUUGA